UUCCUUUUUCAAUAUUUUUCUCAAAAAAAAAAACUAAAAAAAAACGAGUUAAUCGCCGAUGAUUACCGUUGUGAAGUUUUAUCAGCUAUGAAGUUUUCUUCUUUAAUAAUCAGAGCUUAUCAAAAUCAGCAGCAGCAGAAACUCUCCAUGUGUUACUUCCGGGAAAUGUUUCGCCAGGUCAAUCCGUUCCUUUUCAUUCUGCUUUUGUCAUGUACCUUCUUUUACCUUGCUGCAUGUGGACCGUGCUUAAAUGGAGGGAUUCAGAAAUCAGCUGAGUAUAAUGGCUGCGAGUCCCUUGGAGAUGAUAGUGCUUUAUAUAAUCAAGAUGCUAUUGUUGCUGAUGCGAGGUCCGACUAUAGUGAUGGGAGUUCGGGGGCCCACAUAAGUAUCAAUAGUAUUUGUACCAGCUCUCAUACUUUUUGUUUUCCUUCAACAUUGUCUGGUUUCUCAUCUUAUGAGCACAAGCUCAAAAAAGAUUCUUCUGAAGUUUCUAAGACGGAAUCUGAUAGAUUGUCAUCUAUAGGACCAACUAAGGGGAGCAAGGGGGCUAGUAACAGGAGUUGGUUUUCAGAUUCUGGUAUGUUUGAGUUACUGAAUGGGCAGAUUGUUUCUUGUUAUUUAAAUGCCAUGGACGGUCUCAAUGAGCUACCAUCUAUGCAAACGGGUAGUGCCAAUCAAAAUGAUCCUUUAUGUAGAGGUCCUCUAAUGAUUGAGAAAAGCACAGAUUUUAGGCUGAACAUGAAUAUCGAGAUUAAAAAAUCUAGUUCUUUUGAUGUUUCAACAUCACCACCUCAUGUUGAAAUUAGCCCUCCGGUUCUUGACUGGGGCGAUAAGCAUCUAUAUUCUCCAUCAGUAGCUUUCCUAACAGUAGCUAAUACAUGUAAUGAUAGCAACUUACAUAUCUAUGAGCCAUUUAGUACCAAUAUACAGUUUUAUCCUUGCAAUUUUAGUGAGUUUAUUAUAGGACCUGGUGAAGUGGCUUCAGUUUGUUUCGUGUUUUUACCAAGAUGGCUGGGCUUGUCCUCAGCUCAGUUGAUCUUGCAGUCAAGCUUUGGUGGUUUCCUGGUCCAGGUUAAAGGCUACGGUUUAGAGUCCCCUUACAAGAUUAGUCCUGUUUUCAAUCUGGAUGCUUCUAGUGGAAGGCUGAUUCAGAAAUUGUCUUUGUUUAAUCCUUUCAAUGAAAACAUACACGUAAAGGAAAUAAGUGCAUUGAUAUCUGCUUCUCAGGGAAAUGAUUCGCAUCACACUAAAGCAAUCUGUAGUCUAGAGAACUUACAAGAUUUUAAUGGGCAGAGCCUGCUGAAUGUUGAAGACUGGUUGGUUGUCAAGAGAGGCCAAGUAGGUUUCCCAUUGAUGGCUAUGAGGCCCCAUGAAAAUUGGGAGAUUGUUUCUCAUGGUAAUGAAACUGUCAUAGAGAUGGAUUUCUCAUUUGAAUCUGAAGCAGAAAUUGUUGUUGCUUUGUGUGUCCAGUUGCUUAGGUCUUCUCAGGACGAGCCUGAUACCAUUUUGGUUCCUCUUGAAAUUGAUCUGGAUGGAAAAGUUGUUCAUGGUGGUGUCCAAGGUUCAGCUUCUGUUUCUUUUGAGGCUUGGGUGCCAUGUCAUUCUAGGAAAACUUGCAUUGCAAUCUCUCUGAGAAAUGAAUCUCCUCAUGUAUUGAGAGUUGUCAAAAUUAAUGAAAUUUCAGCAAGAAAAGUUUUCACGAUGAAGUACAUUCCAGGCUUGCUACUUUUCCCAGGAGCUGUUACACAAGUUGCUACAAUUACUUGUGCUCGGCUGGUUGAUGAGUUACAUGAUUCCCCACCUGAAAUUUCCAAUGGAAAUAAGAACUGCAAACUAGUUUUAUUGACAAAUGACUCUAGCAGCCCUCAAAUUGAAAUUCCUUGCCUAAACAUAGUCCAUAUUUGUUCGAGACAUCAAAAGACUUCGUCCAUUGGACUCGAUCUUCAUUCUGAAAAUGAAUCUUUCAAUAGAAGGACAGGAGCAUUGGACAGUGGUAGGAAGUUUCCAUCAGAGAUCGUGGCAUCGGAGAGAACGGAAGGUGAUGAUAAUCUGCUAGAAAACUGGAAAUCUCAAGGUACUUCUAACAGCAUGUCUGUGCUCGAUUAUCAUGAAGUACUUUUCCCAAUGGUUCAGGUUGGAACUCAACACUCUCAGUGGAUCACUGUAAAGAAUCCUAGUGAACAGCCAGUUGUAAUGCAGCUCAUUCUUAACUCGGGACAAAUUGUUGAUGAAUGCAGGGGCGCAGAUGACCUUAUGGAGCCCCUUUCUCCAAGUAUGUUGGUCCAUAAUGAGUUUACAACAACUAGGUAUGGGUUCUCAAUAGCAGAGGGGGCACGAACAGAGGUGUAUGUUCAUGCUUAUGGUGAAUCAUCUCUUGGGCCGAUUUUCUUUCAUCCUUCACAUCGAUGUGGGUGGUCAAGUUCCGCUCUGAUAAGGAACAAUCUUUCUGGUGUGGAGUGGUUAUCUUUGAGAGGAUUUGGAGGAUCACUUUCUCUUGUCCUGCUUGAUGGGUCUGAGCCAGUUCAAAGCAUUGAAUUUAAUCUUAACUUGCCAUUUCCGCUGAAUAUCUCUACUUCAGACCUGUUAUCUCAUGUAGGGGAGGCUACUUAUGCAUGUUCGAAGCCAUUAACAAAAGAGCUGUAUGCCAAAAACAUGGGAGACUUGCCCCUUGAGGUGAAAAGGAUUGAAGUUUCUGGAACGGAGUGUGGGUUGGAUGGUUUUCUGGUUCAUACUUGUAAUGGAUUUUCUCUCGAGCCAGGUGAGACGAUGAAGCUUCUGAUAUCGUAUCAGUCUGAUUUUUAUGCAGCAAUAAUACAAAGAGAUCUUCGACUGGCCUUGGCUAGUGGGUUUCUUGUUAUACCCUUGAAGGCAAGUUUACCGUUACACAUGUUCUAUCUUUGCAAGAAAUCAGUAUUCUGGAUGUGGUUGAACAAAUUCACGGCAGUGUUCCUUCUUUCGGCUUCCCUGAUAUUUCUGAUUUUUUGUUGCAUAUUUCCUGAAGUGAUCAAUUUUGGCUCCCAGGAGUACUCGUACAAUAGUGAGAAAAACUCUAUGACCGCAGUGAGAAAUUCAGGAAAAUCUGCUCGCCUGCAUCAUAAUCAGAAGAACAGUAAAGUCUCUAUAUCUACAGAAAUGGAUGGCUUGUUAAGAUCAGCUACAGGAGGAAAAAUCUCAAGGAAUAAAUCAGGUUUUAAAUAUCCUGAUGAUAAAUUUGGACCGUCCACAGACCACGGAACUUCAACCUAUCAUAACGGGCUGUCAUCUCUGGAAAAACACAAACAGGUUCCGUCUUUGUUGUCUAAAUCUGUAGAAGUCGAGAAUUCUGUUCCACUUGAAGCUUCCCAACCUUGUAACCUCACCGUCAAGAUCAUAAAAGAGAAAGGAAGACGACGGAGGAAGCGAAAAGGUAUUGCAGCAGGUUUAACAGGACUUCUUGACGUCUCGAGUAGUCAAAGUGGAAAUUCUACACCUUCAUCUCCACUGUCUCCUGCGACAUCUCUUACUCCUAAUCGUACAUGGUCACCAUCUCAUGACACUGACCGUGCAGAGGCUAGAGAACUACUUAAACAAGUAGAUGAUCAACAAUGCGUGAGGGUUCAAGUGGCUGAGCCCGCUUCCAAGGCAACUAUAUUGAAGUCCAAGGAUCCCUUAAAACGCGUCUCAUCUAAUCUGGAGCAACAGUCAUUGCCAGAAAAAACUACGCGUAAACCUGUUCUAUCGCCUUCCGCUACUUUUCCGUCAACUGGCAGGACCGUCUCUAAUCUAUUGGGCUCCACACCUUCACUAGCUUCAACAUCUACAAUUGCUCCUCAUGCUCGCGCUCCUGGGCCGAAACUUUAUAGCCAGAACAAGGUAGAAAAGGUAAGCGAUGAUUAUACAUAUGAUAUCUGGGGUAACCAUUUUUCUGGACUCCAUUUAGUAGGUAGUUCAGAUGUUACAACCUUGAAAACUUCAGUGACAGAGAACAAUUGCAAUAGCUUCUUUGUAAGUGGUCCGCAAGCUCUUGUUACAAAAGUUCAACCCAAAUCAGUAAGUUAUAUUCAAGAAGAGGGUUAAUAAUAUAUUCCUAAUAAUUUAAAAUA